GCGAGCCGCGUUUGCUCAAUUAAAGAAAAAAAAAACAAGUAAAUUUACGCGCGAAGACGUAUAGUUACUUGUGUAUCUGUGGUUAUUGGAACUACGGCGUGUUGUGCUUUUUUAAUUGGAGUGAUUCGAUAUUUCUUUUCUUAACCGAAAAUAAUAGAUCGAUAUCAAGUCCAGCUUACAAUAGGGCACAUAGUACAAAGCAUACAAGAUGGCGCCACAAGAGCGAACUUCAUGCUGCGAAGAGGACUCCCGUCAAUCCGGGUCCAUAGAUAACAAUCUUUCAAACAUCGACCUAUCAGGCAGUUUCAUCAAUAAGGGCUUCACGAAUGACAGCACAGACAAUACAGCUACAAAAGGCACAAAUAACGAAGAAAAUAGGAAAAAAGUCACCGAUUUUGAUGAUCUGUUGCCAUAUGUUGGUGAAUUCGGAAUAUAUCAGAAGAUCUUGUUCUUAAUGAUGAUACCAUUCGCCUUCUUCGUUUCAUUCGUGUAUUUCUCACAAAUCUUCAUGACCAUCGUCCCGGAACAGCAUUGGUGCUGGAUUCCGGAGCUCGCCAAUUUGACCGUGGAGGAAAGACGAGCUCUCGCCAUCCCGCCCAAUACAAACGGACCAUUCGCCCAUGACCGUUGUCAUAUGUUCUCUGCGGAUUGGGCAGCCGCUCUGGCUCAAGGCCGAACCACCCCUGACGACGAAUGGCCAAUCAUACCAUGCACGCAUGGCUGGGAGUACAACAGGAGUGAUGUCCCGUAUGAGACCAUUGCUUCACAGCUUGAUUGGGUGUGUGACAAGGAUAACCUGCCCGCCACAGCCCAAGCUAUCUUCUUCUGCGGGGCCAUCGUCGGAGGGCUGGUCUUCGGCUGGAUAGCUGAUAAAUACGGCAGAAUUCCCGCUCUAGUCGGUACAAAUCUGGUGGGGUUCGCGGCUGGUAUUGCGACGGCAUUUUGUAACACGUUCUGGUCGUUCGCGCUCUGCCGGUUCCUGGUGGGGCUUGCGUUCGAUAACUGCUUCACUAUGAUGUAUAUUCUUGUAUUGGAAUACGUCGGACCGAAAUGGCGGACGUUCGUUGCCAAUAUGUCUAUAGCCAUAUUCUUCACGUUGGGUGCUAGCUUGUUACCCUGGAUCGCACUGUGGGCUGAUGACUGGAGGCGAUACGCUUUAGGGAUCAGUGCUCCGUUCAUAAUCGCCGCGGCUACCCCAUGGCUGGUACCAGAGAGUGCGAGAUGGCUCCUCUCUCAAGGCAAGAUCGACAAGGCGUUAGUGAUCAUGAAGAAAUUCGAAAGAAUCAACAAGACGAAAAUCCCAGACAAAGUUCUCAGCGAAUUUACCGAAGCGUCCCAUAAAGCGAUCAAGGAAUCCGAAGCGGAGUCCAAAACGUAUUCAGUUCUGGACAUCUUCAGAACACCUCGUCUGAGACGGAAUGCGUUACUGCUCAUCAUCAUCUGGAUGGCAAUCUCUCUGGUCUUCGACGGCCACGUCAGGAACGUGGGGUCGUUGGGCCUGGAUAUUUUCCUGACCUUCACGAUAGCCACGGCCACUGAAUUCCCGGCUGAUACAUUUUUGACAAUCGUUCUGGAUAGAUGGGGAAGGAGAUGGCUCGCCUGCGGGUCCAUGGUCAUCAGCGGCAUCUUCAGUCUGCUAGCUACAGCUGUUCCUGUUGGCGGCCCGUCGGCGACGCUGGCCAUCCUGGGCCGGUUCGCGGUGAACAUCUCGUACAACAUCGGGCUGCAGUACGCCGCCGAGCUGCUCCCCACCGUGGUGCGCGCGCAGGGCGUCGCGCUCAUACACAUCAUGGGCUACGUCGCCUCCAUCCUGGCGCCCUUCGUCGUCUACCUGGCUAACAUAUCCCAAGAGCUGCCGCUCCUGAUUCUCGGGGUCCUUGGAAUAGUGGGAGGCAUCCUGUGCCUGUUGCUGCCGGAGACCAUGGAUACGGAGAUGCCGCAGACCCUCGCCGAUGGAGAGAACUUCGGCAAGGAUCAGCGGUUCUGGGACAUGCCUUGUUUCCCACGGAGUAAGCCGGAGUCGUCCGGCCCGUCCGGCCCGGUCGCGGACGAGCCGUUCCGGCGCGCGCUGCCGGCGUCCGGCUCGCGCGCGUCCGUCCGCGCGUCCGUCCGGCUGUCGGCGCGCCGGGCCGCGCCGCCCCUCGCCGUCUGAGCGCGGCGGACCCUUCACCUACUUGUAGUAAUUUAUUUUUUGUAACCCUUUGCUAAUUCGAUCUCCUAAAUUGUUUUUUGGUAAAAUUGUAUUUAUUUAUUUAGCUCCAUUGUAGGAGCUAGGCGUACCUCUUAGAUAGGUCUCAGAGUUUUAAUCGCAAUCACGAUAGCCUUGAAUACAAUUGAGGCGUAAAUUGACUGUUUGUUCUUCUGAGUGUCCGGUUGAUUGGUUUCAGAGUGGCUGAACUAUGAGUGAAUGAUUUUAUGAUUAUUUUGAUUACCAAAGUCCAAUAUUUGGAUUAAAUUUGCUUAACUACUGAAUUAAAUGUGAUUGCGAUUCAAAUUUUCUUCCAAAUUCGAUCAUUUUAAAUCACCCUCCAAGGGUUCGAAAUUCAACAAAUAAAAAAAUCUAAUUUCUAAAUGGACGAAAUUAUAUAAUAUGUCCAUUUUGUUAUAGUUUCUGAUAUUUCAUAGAUAUCAACCAAAGAAUCGAUAAAUCGAUGCCUUAUUAAAAAUCUUGCCUUCAACACAACAAAAGCAGAUAUGGCGACUGUUCAGCCAUAUUGGAUAUUGAGCGACAUACCGUGACCGCCCGUUAUUCUUGCCUCUAACUGCGGGUCGAGUUUUAAAUUGUUAUCUUAAUAUUAAUUAUAUUUAAGUUACUAAUUAAUAAAUGUAAAUAUUAGUACUAUAGUUAUAUAAAACCAACUCCAUAUAUUAUAUUUAUACAUAUUAAAGCGAAAUACCAUUUAUCUGUGCAUAAACAAGGAAACGGUUACUUUUUUAAUUUUGCUAGCUGUUGAGUCUUGGUGUUAGGGUCCGUUCACACAGACCGGCUCGGAGAGGAGAGCAGAUUUUUAUCACGUUGGAAACAGUGUUUUGAGUGAUUGUAGUAAAGUUUAUUUUUGCAUUUGCACCUUUUUUGUCAUUAAAAAUGCCUGAACGCGCUUCGUGUGAAGUAAUAAAAGGAGCCGACCGGCUCCGCUUGCGUGCUCUUUCUCGCUUGCGCAGCCUGUCGAAUGGUCGAUGUGAAAUAGUUGGCGGCUCCGCUCCGGCCAAUUCCAAGCGUAUACGACCCGGUCUGUGUGAAAAGAAAAAAGCAGGCCGAUGCUCUCCGAGCCGGUCUGUGUGAACGGACCCUUAUAAUUAAAAUAUUAAACAUUUCCUUACCGACAAUCAUAAGCAACGCACCUACAAACCCCUCCAAGAUAAUCACUUUUCAUUCGAACAAGAUUUCACCCCCUAAGGGAUUAUGUUUCGUAAUAAACAAAGAGAUAUUCCGUAAGAAACUCGAAACUCACGUUUUUAAGAUUUUUUUUCAUUUUUUUAAAGUUUUCGUCCCCUAUGGGGUUACGUUUCGCAGCAUUCGAGUUACUUCUUAAGUAAAAUCGAAAUCGGUUUUUUGCGGUGAUUUUCGAGUUCGUUCUUACAUUAUAAGUAUAAUACAUAUUUUGUUUUUAUGAAAUGGUAUUUCGUAUAUAUAUGUAUAUAAACAUAUUAACAAAUAAUUGUAAGGUCAGUUAGUUUAUAAUAAGUCUAGAUAGAUUGUGAACUAUUUAAAUUAUCAACUCGUUUUUAAUAAAACGGAUCAAUUUAUUAAAUUAUAAAUACUAAUGUAAAAGGUUAUUAUCCGUCGAAAUUUUUGGAGCGCGUUAAGUAAGGGGAUAUUAGUAUCAGAUAUUAGGUAUUAAAAUGUUUGAGUUUUUUUUUUAUAGAAUAGGAAGGCGGACGAGCACAUACCCAUAUGCUCGUCCACCUGAUGGUAAGUGGUCACCAAUGCCCACAGACAUUGACAUUGUAAGAAAUGUCAACCAUCGCUUACAUCACCAAUGCGCCACCAUCCUUGGGAACUAAGAUGUUAUGUUCCUCCUUAGGGUGUGACUUGGUCCAGCAGUUUAGUCGUGAAAGGAAACAUCAGACACUGUUUACUCCCGAAGUACGGAGGGACCAAAUGAUGAACGAAAUAAGAACUAUAUUUCACUGUUCACUUCACUUUAAUAAAUUUGAUAGAUUUUGUAACUUUUUUUUUGAAUGUACGCUGUUGGCCCUAUUGUCCCUUAUUGGCCCUAUUGGUCACCGGGCGUUGGAGCGAGCACUAGACUCCGUCUACUCUGUAACAUUGACAUUACGUAUACGUAAUAUUAUAAAAAAAACUUGGACAGCGCGAUUCAGGAAUUUCAAAUAAUGAAUCAACGCCAUCUAUUGACAAAUAAUAACAAACAUGUUUACUCUUAACAGACAGAGUUCCUUUCGCAUGCAUAAUAUUAUGCUUCUCAUAAUUUUCUACAGUUAACAAUCUAUCUUUGUUUAUUACAAACGAACUUACCUUACAAUUUCACGCUCACAUAUAUGUAACACAUUUCAAAUAAUAUUGAUAAUAAUUUCAUUUAUAAAUUUCGUAUAUAAACAAUUCCAUUCAUCCGCCUAUAUUGUAUCUUAUGUAAUAAUAACUUUAAAUAAGUUAAGUAUUUAUAUGAAGUACAAAAAAUGGGAACAUAUAUAACACGAUAGAAUGAGACACAUCUAUAUAACUAUCUCACUCACACCAGAUAAUUCACUUCCAUAUAAAAAGCAUGUCAUUUAAUUUAAAAAAAAUGAUGGUGAUGAUGGUGUCAGUCCCAAGGUAGUCACGAGAAUCGAUGUGUAAGCGAAACUUACCCUGACGUCAGUUGACGCUCGAAAUCUUUUACUCGUCUGAUGCACAAAGUCUAACCUAAGAUUUUAACACAUAAAAAACAAAUGACUGUGACAGCUUUUGUGAAAAUUCAUUUGAUAAACAAUAUAUGUAAUAAUAAUUCCAUUCAAACAAUUACUCAAUCACACAAGCCGAGAUGGCCCAGUGGUAAGAACGCGUGAUUCGUAACCGAUGAUCGUGGGCUUAAGCCCGGGCAAGCACCACUGAAUUUUCAUGUGCUUAAUUUGUGUUUAUAAUUCAUCUCGUGCUUGACGGUGAAGAAAAACAUCGUGAGGAAACCUGCAUUUGUUUUCACUUAAAUUCUGCCACAUGUGUAUUCCACCAAACCUUAUUGGAGCAGCGUGGAAAUAAGCUCCAAACCUUCUCAAAAAAGGAGAGGAGGCCUUAGCCCAGCAGUGGGUCAUUCACAGGCUGCUACUUAAUUACACAUUUAGAAGAUAGAACAUAACCGAUAUAUAACGAUUUUUAAUUUUAAACAAUUCCAUAAAAGCAAUCAUACUCCAAUAUGUUAAACACAUACGUAUAAAUCUUGUUUACUCUCUAUCUCUUUCUAUCAUCAUUAAUUCAUCAUUCGCCAUCCCUCUCAAACAAUACUUGUAUGUAUUUAUAAUUUGUUCAAAACCAUUAAUGUAUUUUUAAUUAAGAAAUUGUCAUUCGAGAUGCCAUUUAAAAUUGUUGGUGCGAAAUUAUAAACAGACAAAUUGUUUCUGUGAUAAUAAAUAAUUAAAUAAAAUGUCUUAAAUGAAA